AUGUGCAAUGGACUUUGCCAUUUGAAAGAGCUAAUCAAUAAUUUUUUUGAAUUCUGGGAAACAACUAGCAUAACAAUGAUACAAAAUCAAACAAGUCCCAUUUGCAGUCAAUGUGCACUAUCACAUAACAUCCAUACUAACUAUUAUCUUAAUAGCUCUGGUGGGACACUCGCAACUGCAGGCCCAGUAGGAAUGUUUUUGGCAUAUAUACUUGUGGGACUUGUUAUAUCGACCAAUCAAAUAUGUGCUCUUGAAGUUGCUACUCUUUGUCCAAUAACAGGUGGGAACUUCAUUCAUUGUCUGUAUUUCUUAGACAAAGCUGCUGGGUUUGCUUUAGGAUAUGUACAUCUUUAUUCAUCAAUAAUGCCAAGUGAAUUAUCUGCUGCUAGUGUUGUGGUAUCAUUUUGGACAGAUUUAAAUCCUGCUAUUUUCAUAUCCAUCUUUAUUGUUGUUAUUGUAGCUGUGAAUUCAUAUAAUGUCAAAUGGUAUGGUGAAAUUGAAUUUGGAUUUGGAAUUUUAAAACUUCUUUUAGUUUUGGGUUUGAUUCUAGUUGGAUUAGUUAUUGAUUUAGGUGGUGCUCCAAAUAAUGAUCGUCUUGGAUUUAGAUAUUGGAAAACUCCGGGACCAUUUGCAGAAAGAUACACUACUGGAUCAUUAGGAAGAUUUCUAGCAUUUUGGAAAUGUGUCUCAUCAACUGUAUAUGCAUUUGGAGGUGCUCAAACAUCUGCAUUUCUUGCUGGUGAAACUGAAUAUCCACGUAGAUCAAUCAAUCGUGCCAUGAAAAGAAUUAUGAUUAGGGUUGUUAUUUUGUAUUGGCUCGCAAUUUUCAUUCUUUCAUUAAUUGUUCCUUUUAAUGACAAACAAAUAGCUAGUCCAACUGGUAAUGCAUCUGGUUCUGCAUGGGUUAUUGCAGUUGAAAGAUCAGGUAUUAAAGUAUUACCCCAUAUUAUCAAUGCCAUUGUUAUGACUUCAGCUUUAUCAGCGGCAAAUUUGGGUAUAAUAAAUGCCAGUCGUACUUUAUAUAGUUUAGCAUCACUUGGUCAGGCCCCAAAGAUUUUCUUAAAAGUGAACAAACAUGGUUUACCUUGGGUUGGUGUUAUAUUUGGAUGUGCAUUUUUACCAUUAGCAUAUAUGUCAGUUAGUGAGACAAGUGCAGAAGUAUUCAGUUGGUUUCAAAACAUCACAUCAUCUAAUCUUUUACUUAAUUGGAUAACUUAUUCUGCUUUACAUAUUGCUUUGAAUUGUGCCCUUAAAGUUCAAGGAUUCUCAAGAAAAGAUUUACCAUAUAGUAUUCCUGGAGGACAAUAUGCUGGUCCUAUUUCAUUGUUUUUCUCCGCUUUGUUUUUAAUAACUGGUGGGUUUUCAGUAUUCAUUCAUGGGUAUUGGAAAUUUGCCAAUUUCUUUAGUUCUUAUUUCACUAUUCCUUUAUAUAUUGGAUUGUUCAUAUUUGCUAAACUUUGGUACAAAACAAAAUAUAUCAAACCAUCAGAAGUGAAAUUGAAAGCUAUGUUUUAUGAUGUUCAAGCAAGACCCGAACCACCUUAUGAGAAAUUAACCGGAUGGAAAUGGAUCACUGUGUUAUGGUCAUAG